GUAGCUAGGAAAAUCAAGUCAAAUCAGUCUUUUUACAAAUAAAAUAAAGAAUUCAAUUUUAAUCAUUUUAAUUGUAUGUAACCUACAAACUCAAAUGGAAAAUACAACACAAGCUGCAGGUGUUGGCAUUCGUCGAGAACCUUCUACUGAUCCAGUAAAAGCACAGGGAAUUCUUACAUCAGUUAGUAAAAAAGAGAAACACGCUGCGCGCCUCUGGCAGCAAAGAUGGGGCUUCCACAAACGCGUUCGAGAAAUGCAAGAGGAAGAAGCACUUAAAAUAGGAAUGUCCCUUGAUGAAUACCGAGCAGCAGUUCGUUCAGUUAGCUGCAAGCCUGAGAAAGAGCUUUCCGUCAAUAUUGACCCGUCUCCUACACCACUACCAAUUACAAGCUCUGGUGUUAUUGGUCGACGCGCGCGAUGCUCAUUGGAGAAGUUCGGACCAGUAGUGAAAACAUCCCGCGACUAUCCUAUCCAUCCUCCCCUACCGCCAGGACAAUUAUACAAUCCAUUCAAACAGACGGUCAUGUUCUUGGGGAGUGUGGAUGGUGACCCAAUAUCCUACAAGUUGCCGCCAGCGAGGUGUGACGUCACAGAUAAAAUUUGGGGAUACCCACAACAACAAGAUGUAACAAUAUUCGAUUUUGAUUCGUUGAAGUUAUAAACAUUCUACUGUUGGCCUCCCCGCUUUUGUAGCGGCUCAGGGAUGUUUACGGCGGCGCAGCUAUCUACUUUCAUUCUGUUUGGGAUCCCUGGACGUACACUGCGGACUCCUCCAGAGUCAAAUGAAUUUCAAGUAUGGACUGCAUAACCCAUUGUUGUGCUAUUUCCAGAGAAUAGUGCAGUGAGUGACGUCAUCCCA